AAAACAGGUAUACUAUAGUUAGUAUAUGAUAUUGGUAGAGAGUUCGUGCGUGUUGCAAAAAGAGAACAGCUUGAGCGAGAUGCACGACCUCAUCUUCAUGGAGACAAUAGCAGUGUUUGUGUACAUAUCCCAUCAUCCUUAGCUCGUUAUUGAUCAUAUUGUUGAUACAUCGAUUGCAUUUUUUACACAACUAUUUUGAGUAUGAUUAAGUGUGAAGAUAUGUGAUUACGCAAGACCUUGUCUGACUUAGCUAAAGAAGAAUUAAAUGCGCAAAAAGUAGAUGUUUAAUCUUAUACAAACUUCUCUCGGAAGUGAAUGGUUUGUUGAUAUUGGACCGUUACGACUUGGAAAUGAUAGCGUCGUUCGCAACCAAGGAGAGAGGAUUUGAAACCGGUAUGGCCUGAGAUGGCCCAAUGUGAUUUCCAUUAGAGUGGGGCAGUGAGUCAAAACAUCGGUGUUAUUCAAAUGGUAUCGUUAUGCCAGUUCAUCAGUCAAUAGAAAAAUUGAAAGAUGGCGAUUUUGAGCGGUCGUUGAAACUGUUGAAGCAACACAAAAAUAGAGUUUCAAGACAUGGGCAGGCUGAUUUUGAGAAGUCCAUCUUUGCUUUGUCGACCUAUCUGAAAACGAUUCGGCCAGUUGCAGAGGUAGAAUCGAAGAAAGACCCAUUUGGUGAUGAAUUUCUUCUUAAAAAUUCUAAUACAGGACUGCAAGUUGUUGAUUUUUAUAACUGUGAAGUUGAGGAUUUUGGAGUUGUGAUUUCCCAGUCCUCCAAAGCUCGAACAAAAACCACGAAGGUUGGGAAGGAAAAGUGCGGUGGGAUCUACAUAUCUAAGAUAAUUGUGGACAGUAGAGCAUAUUAUGAUGGAAGGCUAGAAGAAGGAGACGAUGUUCUAGAAAUUAACGGCCACAAUACGGAGAAAAUCACUUUGGAGAGAGCAAGGUGGCAUUAUAACAGUGCUUUAAGAUCUGGGAAGUUAUGUGUUGCAAUUUAUCGCAACCAGCCUGGAGCCACAGAUUCAGAGCCUGAUAAUGAUGAAAAUUCUCCAUUUAUGAAGAGAAAAAGCAAAUUCACUGGCAGUAUUUCAAGUUCCUGUUCAGCAUUUUCUACUUCUAGUGGAAUGAGACAGUCUUUAACAGAUGAUGAAGGGAUGAAUUCUGAUGUUUCGGUAGAAAGCAAAGCUACGAAUCAGUCAAUUUCAAACAAGAAACGAGCAGUGAAAAAGAUGCAUCUGUUAAAUGACAAAAGCUCAAGAGGUCUUGGUAUUCAGGUAGCUGGUGGGACAGACUCUAUUGAGGAUGGAGUGAGUCGUGGGAUUUUUGUGACACAUAUCAUGGAUGAUGGUGCUGCUGCUAGGGAUGGGCGUUUGAAGAUUGGUGAUGAACUUUUAUGGAUAAAUGGAAGACAUUUGAUUGGUCUGUCUCAUAUUGAAGCUGUUGAAUUACUAAAUGGAACCUCAUCUGUAGUGCAGCUGGUAAUAGCCAGAGAGAUGGUUGAAGACGACAACGGAUCAGUAUCUGCUGCGUCCUCAACUACUUCCAAACGUAGAUUAAAAAAGCUUUCUACGUCAUCACUUGAGUUUAGCACUUCGGAUGAGUCUGGUCGUAGGAUUUAUCGAAGAAAGGUGAAACAUGUUCAUGAGAAGCCAAUAGCAACAGAUGGGGAGGCAAGUCCCACAACAACAGUCGGAGAAAACACAAGAACAUCCCGUCAGUCACCGGUGCAGAAGCAAGAUAGCUUGCCUGGAGGCGUUCACCAUUAUGAUUCCAACGAUGAUGACGAUUCAGCGAUGCUCGUCACAUUGCGAAAAGACAAAAGCACAAAAGGACUUGGGUUUUCAAUAGUCGGAGGAGUUGAUGCUGGAAAGGGCCAGCUAGGGAUAUACGUGAAGACAAUUUUACCUGGUGGCGCAGUGGCUGAAGAUGGCAGGAUAGGUGUUGGUGAUGAGAUUCUGGAGGUCAACCAACAAAGGCUCAAGGGGUGCACGCACAAUGAGGCAAUUAAGAUAUUCAAGUGUGCACAUGGCAUAAUCCAGCUGCUAGUCAGGAAGAUAAAGCGAAGAAUGUCAUCCGCCUCAAGUACAAGCAACCCCCGUCACAGGAUGAGCUCACCUCAUUUAUCAUCCAAUUCAUUUGCCAAUCAAGACUACGAUAUACUUAAUGUUGAGCUCACUAAAGCCGCUAACACUGGUUUAGGUAUAGGAGUUGGAUGCUCAGGCAAAAGGGGUGCUGAUUCCUACGGCAUCUUCAUACAUCAUGUUGCAGAAGGAUCAGUUGCUCAAAAAGAUGGGAGAAUCAGGAAAGGGGAUCAUAUACUGGAAGUCAACUCACAAGGCUUGUAUCAAGCAACAUUGGAUGAGGCGUAUAAUAUUCUUGGUAAUCUACAACCCGGAACUGUUGUAUUGAAAGUUAAGAGGCGGAAGCGCUCUACCUCAGUUUCCAGGAAACCUUCAAGUGAAAGGUCUGUUAAGGCGCAAUCAGAUGCUGGGGUAGGCGCUUUGGCGAAAUGGGGCAAAUUUCUAGAUCUACGCAACCCAUCCACUCCCAAAUCUGAAAAUCUAUCAGACUUGAUGACACCUGCCAGACAUUUAUCAGGAAUAGAAAGGAAAGGCAGCUUGAAAUCUUCAAUAUCAGUUUGUACUUCGGAUGGCUCUGACAACGCAAAUGAUGACAGCAUGUCAUUCGCGUCGUUCAUCAGCCAGUCAAAGCUUCCAUCAGCUGUACGUGUCCGCGUCGCAUCGACUAAUAACCCAGCCAUUCUUGAUGAGGCCUAUAAGUCGACGACUGCGGCUAAUGAGCCGCCGAUAUCAGCUUCGAAUGUCGAUGGCUGGACGUCCAUACCCCCGCCACCUCUGUUGUCCGACGAUGAGAGUACGAUUGGGGACACCGUGCAAAAGUUCAAUGAAACGUCGGCUAUGUCAAAGUCAAUUGACAAGUACCACAAUCCGGGGAAAAUCGUUGAAUUCUUGAUGAUUGACAAGCAAAAGUCAUUUACUGGGUCUCUUGGAAUGGGUGUCAGUGUUGAAAAACGAACAGACACUGACGUCACUGGUAAAGUUUAUGUUAAAACAAUUUUACCAGGGGGUGCUGCUGAGUUAGCGACGGGUGGCAGCAGUGGUAUUCAAGAAGGAGACGAGGUGUUGGAAGUCAAUGGAAAAGAGCUAAGUGGUUUAUCACAAGAACAAGUAGUAAGGCUGUUCAAGGAGAUGCCUUCCAAAUGCGAAAUCGUGGUAAGACGAGCUUGCAGUACUGAAACAUCACAUCACAUUUCGAUUCAGCCUGUGUCAAUAGUGCCGUCUCCGCUGCAACAGAAGAAAGAAUCACCUGACAUUCAAGUGACCAUCGAUAAAUCAAGUGCGCCGGCCACUGCUGCAUCAUAUGAAGUACCCAAUAUCAUAAACGAUACUCCAAAUGCGCCUUCAAUGCCAUACAUCAGGCGUCGCAGUGUCAUUCCAGGCCUUGGUGUCGAGGAAGACGCGUCCAAAGCUCGUUUGAAGAAAAAGCGGCUAGGCCAGUUAAGUGAAUCCUUUAAAGAGUCAACCGAUUCUUAUCCUGAUGAAAUGAAACUGCUUAUCAAAACUGUGGAAAACAUGUCAAAAUCUGAAGGAUUGCAGGAUCCCCUGCAAACCUCGUUGACUGCUAGCGAUAGUCUCGCGCCAAAUAAGGUUACCAAGAGCAACAGCAUACGAAGGUCGCCAUCAACUACAACGGCACCUUUCGAGGAAACAGGGCCGAUGCGUAGCAAUCUGAUGCCUCUGCAAGGAGAUAUCCCUGAUGGCUUCAAUGCCCAUUUGAUUGAGCUGGAGAAGAAAGAGAAAUCCGCCCUGGGAAUCAGUCUUGUUCCCAGCCAUGACAGUUGUGCUGGGUAUUUUCAGGUUCGCCGCAUUAUGCCUGGCAGUGUCUCUGAGGCUGACGGGCGCAUCCAGGUAGGGGAUUACAUCUACUCGGUGAACGGAAAUGUAAUGAAAGACCUGAGCCACCCAGCUGCGCUUCAAGUGCUGAAGCAUUCGGGUACAUCGGUAAAAAUCGUUAUAUUCAGAGACAAAGAAGAAGACAUCCGUAUUCAAAGAGAAUUGGAAGCAAAGAAAUCUGAAAGUGAUACUAUGACCGCACAGUCGAAUCAUGUGCCCAGGCCACCUCGAAUGAUGAAACGUGAAUCGCGUGAUGCGCUUAUUCCCGGCUUCAUCAGAGGCGAAACGAAGCUUCAUCUCCAUCAUAAUAAUCACUCUCCUUUGAUCCGCCAUAGUACAAUUGACUCGAUUUCGAGCGACUCACCAUCUACCUCUGCGAUUCCCCAUUUAGAGGACAGGCAGCAACUCUCCCCUAGAGUAAGGAAACUUGAUCUUGCGCAGAAAAGAAAUUCGUUACUGGGAGCUGUGAAGGAGAAUGGAGAAACUGCGGCUCAGAAACUGAGAAAGUCAACCUCUUUAGAAAUUGAAGAGCAGAAAGUAAUUUUAACGGGAGCAAGGAAUAAAUUUGUGGACUCAACGGAGAAUCAAUCUAAAUCAUUUAUCGACUAUAAUGACAAUGAUUUGCGUUCGUUAGAAGGGCAGGGAUCAUCUGAUAAUAACGAUGAAGAUGAAAGUGACUUAGACGAAGUAUCAAGACCUGGCUCAUCGUUGAAUGCGUCUUUGUUGACAUACGGACAACGAUCUGAAAUACAGGCAUUCGUCAUCGAGUACCAGCGAAUGUUUAAGGGUUUGGGAAUAAAAGUAAUGCUGGAUGAAGAAGAGGAAGUAAUGAUAACAGAAGUAUCACCUUCAGGUUUGGUAGGAAAAGAUGGCAACAUCAGAACUGGUGACAUCUUGUUGUCAAUAAAUGGAGAAGAGGUGAAUGGCAAGCCAAUAUCAAAAGUCCAGGAAAUGAUAAGUUCAGUGCCAAGAGGCAAUGUUCAGCUGAUUGCAAAAUCUUCAAAUCUCAGCGAAGAAGUCUUAAGACGUGCAAGCAUGUCAAUGGCUGGUAACCAACAGCCUCAGGUGACGUCAUCAUUACCACCAAAAGGUGAUGAAAGUAUCUUUUCCGAUGAAAGUGACUUCCAGGCCCUUGCACCACCCCCACCUCCGGUUUUCAACCCACAAAGCCUUGCUGCCCCUCAAAGAAUUCUCAAAAAAAACCUCUCGAGUCAUAAAGGUUUUCGUGAUGAUUUCAGUGAUAUGGAAAGCUUGCCGGGUGCUCCUCCGCCACCUAUUUUACCCACUCAUCUGUUCCCAUCAAACAGUGGACUUCAAGCUGUGGAAGAAUCAUUUGAUAUGAUAAGGCCGCCAUCAGUUUUUGGGGAGAAUGUAAACGAAGAUUCAGACACAGACAGUAUCUUCACAGCAUUGCCACCACCACCUCCUAAGCCGCUAACAAAAUCAUCAAAUGAGAACUCCUAUCGUGCUCAUCAUGUUUUAUCAUCCAAGCCUGAGCAGUACGGUGUCCGAUCUUCGAAUUCAGACGUAGCUUCGAGUCUCGAUUCAGAAAGUACUAUACGAGGCCAAAAUAGCCAGUUUGGAAUCGGCUCCUCAGAAAGUGAGGCAAGUAUAGUGCCACCACCACCAUUAGCUCGAUUUGAUGACCCAGAGUUGUCAGCAAUACAAGAGACUGCUCAUGUUUUAGAAAGUGAAAAUUUUGCGACAUCGAACCAGUAUUUAAUGGCUGUUGAUGGCUAUGGUUAUGAUGAUGAUGAUGAUGACGAUAGAAGCUCACUGUAUUCGAUCCCAGACCCUCCUCCUGCACCUUCACUGAGUCGUCCUGCCAGUGAAUUAUCGCAAACUGGACAGAGUCAGAGAUCAAUGACUUCUAGGUCAGAAUCCAUGAGAAGUAAUUACUCAACAGGAAGUGUUUCAUCGGCCUUGAACUUUCUAGAUUCUACUCUUCUCCCUCACACAGAUGGUAAUGAGACGCCAAAGGGAAGAAACACAGGUUCUGUCAAUUCGCAGCUUCUCUCGCCGCCUAUAUGGAGCACAACUCCUGAAGCAUCAGGUUCAUCUCCUGGUGAACGUGACGAGUUAUCGCCAAUGUCUCUUAGCAGCUCCAAAUCUCUGCCAUAUGGAUCGUACACAGAUUUGAGUAAAGACUCGCAAACACACAUGCCUAUCAUUAUGGGGGAACACUUUGAAGCAGGCAAAUCUGUUGGAAAAAAGAAAGGAUUUUUGUCGAAACUGAAACAGAAGUUAAUCACUCCAAGCAAAAACAAACCGGAAAGCCCGACUAAGAAAGAUUCAAAAGGAAGGGAGAUCGUUCACUUUACACAUGACAAAGUCAAGUCAACGAGCAAUCAACAGAUUAGUCUUAAAUCUGCCAGUAGUACGCCUAGUAUUAAAGAUGUUUUUUCAGACGCUAAAGAAGGGAGUUUGAAAAGGACUAUUUCAUUGGAUGAAAACUCAAUGCGAAUGUUGAAUGAGGAAGAUAACUCUAAUGUAGACAGUUUGUUUCCUGAUCCCAAAAGUAGUCGUUGGUCUUUAGUUUCACCCCCAUCUGACUGGCAGGCACAGGGAGCUGAGCAAGCAUUGUCCAAUGCACGUGGCCUAUCUUUAGAAUCAGGUAUCGAUAGGAUGACAGAGCCAAACAGUAGAAGUCAAAGCAAGGGAGCUGAUGGCUCACAAUCCAAAAAUAACAGGAGGCGAUCGUCAGCUGCAGCUGGUCGGCGAAUGUCCAAGACGUCACCACCCCAGAGCCCGGCGCCACCGCCACCUGAAGAGAGCAUUUCUGAAGAUGCAAAAGAGCAAACGCCACGUAAGAGGUCGUUUAAAUCAAGGCUCUCUAGUUCUCUUGGUGAUUUGUCUCAAAAGCUUCAUAGGUCUGAUUCAAAUUCUUCAGUAAGAAGUCGGAAAGAAAGCACAGACGGGCCUAAGACACCUGAUGUAUCAAAGAAGCCAUCAUUGAAAAAGAAGCCCUCAUCGCCCUUAUUAAAUCGCUUAAGGAGCAUGGGAAGACUGGGGCGAGCAACGCCACCUGAAAGUCCAUCUGCUAGUAACAGACAGGCGUCAUAUGUUGUGCCAGAAAAGGGUGGGUCUGUCAGUAGUUCAAGCACAUUCUCAGGAUUCGAGGACAACAUGGGAGGAGCUUCUAAAGAAUCUGUGGCGCGUCGUAAAAAAUCGUCGAAAAUGUCUUUAAUGAAGUUCGAUUUUCCGCCACCGCCUCUUCCAGGUGAGGAUUCAAGUGGUGAUACGUCAUCAGACCUUAGCAGUAAGAAAGCGUUAGAAGAAAGACAAAGCCCGCGUGGCAAUCACGAGAGGGACAAGCGGUUUAGUGCGGUAAUUGAGGAGAAGGAAGUAGAUCACCACAUUGAAGGAUACGUUAACUCUUCCCCAUCAAACGAAAACGCUAGAACGACAAGACCUCCAAGUGUUGUCAUGAGUGAGGGUUGGGGUUCUGAUUUUUCAGAUUUGGAAUCAGUCAGAGUAGCAUCCCAAACAAGAAGUGACUUGGCCGACCCAAAACUGCAGCCAUUUAGUGUGCCGUUGAAUGAAAUAUCUGAUGAUUUCAGGAUCAGAGCAAAAACAACACCAGUAUUUAUGGGAAAUUAUCAAAGCAAAGAGGCACAUGUUGGCAAUGAUGAUUCAGAUGACGGUAGCUGGGGCUCCGAAUUUUCUGAGCUGAAGAGCGCCGAGUCACGUGAUUCUACUCCUUCCAAAACACCACAAAAACCAAGUGGGAAGCAGAAGAAAUUGCGGAAAACCUCAAGUUUAGAAAAUAUUUCAAAAAAAGUGAAAAAUGAACAAAAGGCUCCCGACAAUCGCAACAACGUAAAAUUGAAAUCUCCUCUUUUUAAUAUUUUCACUAAAAAAGAUACAAAAGCGGAAAAGAAAGCGAAAAAUAAAGAAUCGCGGUUCUCGGCACUGUUUCAUGGUAAAAAGCACGUGCAAGGACAGGACAUUGUUCCUCCGCACGAAGUGAAAAAUCAGCAAAAACUCAGGAAUGCUCACAUUGAAAAAGAGGAUAAUCUUGGAAAUGUGGAUAAUGACGUGGCAGCUGAAGAGGAGCCAGCGAUUUACGAGUCAGUGGAGCUGACCACUGGACUUUCAGCUGCCUCUAGUAUUGGUAUAAGGAAAAAACAAUACGGCCUAGAAGGAUCUGGUGUGGAAGGUGUUGAUUUGUCUGAUAUUCGACUGAAGACCAUGCAAGAUCAAUCUCUAAUGGCAAACGGGUCACACUAUGAAAAUCUACCUCAACCUAGAAAGCUAAGUCCGCUUGAAGACUGUAUUGAUGGUAGUAUAAAAAAUCCAGUGCCAAAACCUCCUAGAAGACACGAAGAUGUCCAGACAACACCGAAGAAUGAGUACAUAAACCUUGCAGAGUAUCGCCGUGAUUCUAUUGCUAACCAAGCAAAUAUUGAGUCCGAACCUGCACCGGACUUUGACAUCGAUUUAAUGGACAAACUGGACAAUUUCGCUGCAACCUGGGAUAUGAAUGAGGACGAUGAGGAGGAGGAGUUUCGAAUGCUACCUCCAGUGCCUGAUGAAGAUGAUGUGCUCUUACCAAGUAAUCCCGAAGUUGAGGAGCUUUAUGCUAAAGUUGAUAAAACAACGAAAAGCAGGUUGCAAGGUGGUAGAAUCAAUGGAGAGAAAGACUCUGAAGACAUACAAGAUUUGCCAAAAGGAUCCAGGGAUAUCAAGAAAAUUGAAAGAAAGACUAGCGCUGAUGUCUCAGCUUUGAGUGAAGGAAAGUUCAAGAUACAGCUUGUUCGUGAAUCAGGCUGCCCGCUUGGAAUAACGAUUGUGGGUGGAAGUGAUACGCCAGUUGGUAUACUGCUUGUAUCAAGUCUGCAAAUGGACUCAGCCGCUGGAAAAUCGAAUCAAAUUCGACCUGGGGAUCAAUUGCUGCAAGUCAACGAACAAGAUUUGACAGACGCAACGCACGCAGAUGCCUUGCAGUCUUUGAAGAAUACACCCCCUCUGGUUGAGCUUGUUCUUUUGAGAUCCAAGGAUGGGAAUAAAGCGGUUUUAGAAAAAGCAAUGAAGCCCACCCUCUCAAAGCCGAAUGUCAUUGCAAAGCCAUUGAAAGAGGAGCAGAAAGAAGUCAUUCUCCUAAAACCAACACAUAGUCUUGAAGUGAAUACGGACGUGGAAGACGGCAGAAAUAUGACUUUGAGUAGCAAGCAAAGUGAAGCUGUAAAGCAAAGGAAUAGUUUUGGCCCGUUUUCAACGUUUCAAAAGCAGUUGGACGACGAGGCCCCUGAUCAGCGAAUCACGGCUUCGAGGGCUGCACUUAACAAAAGGCCUAGCAUUGAAAAAUGGGACAAUAUUGAGAUUGUUCUUGAAAAAACCAGCGGAAAAGGUUUGGGAAUCGGAGUAACUGGUGGGUCCCGGACGAAAAUUGCCGAAGGAAUGACUGUGCGUAAGCUAGUGCCUGGGAGCAUUGCAGGGGAUGACGGUCGUUUGCAACAAGACGACAAAAUAAUGUCGGUAAAUGGCAAUGAACUGAAAGGACUAACGCAGGGAGAAGCUCUUGGCAUGCUUAAGAACUUCACCAACACAGUGACCCUGGUUGUAAAACGCAAGCGAAGCCUAGACAUGAAAAGAGGCUACACGCUAUCUGCGGUCGACCUUCGGCCACCAAGUCCGUUGCUAAUGGCGGCAAUGACGUCACCAGAUAGAACCGAAGACCGCCUUCCAGUCACAAAGAGUUUUUCGCAUUUCAUCGAGAGAAAAACGAAAAGUAAGCGACAUGGAUUGGAUAGUAUAUCAAAAAGCUUCGAUUUUUCUGUAGGAGGAGGUCAAAACCUAAUGUAUGGAGGAGAUACUGACAUUUGAAACAGCAGUUGUUAAAGAAGAGUGUAUGGGGCAUUCAUUACACCAAGUGAGAUUUGCCAAAACACGAAUGCACUCAGGCCUAAUUUGGUAAUAAUUAAAAUAUAGAUCAUUAUUACGCUUUUACCUAGAGACAUAUUGAAGAUUAUUUCUUAAUCUGAUAGGGAAAUUCAAGUUCUUUUAAUACCCCUUUUUGGAAAUUGCUUUUCGAUGUUAUAUUUAUGAUGCAUAAGUUUCUGCAGCAUAAUGUUUAUAUACUUAUGGGCUCGUGUAUAUUAUGUAAAUUAUAGACUGUGGUUUUAAUGCUAUUGUUGUAUUAAGAUUUAUGUAGAUAGAGACGAAUAAUUAGGAAUCCAAUUGCUUCAAUAUUGCUCGCGGCUUUUGAUUUAUCUUUUGCUGCACCAGGAAGAUAAGAAAUUGUACAUUUUAGGUGUAUCCACUUAAGUUUAGUUCUAUUAUUUUGUAAUGUCUGAUAUCAUAUUAAUUCUUCUACUGAUGAAAACAUUUCGCAAGGUUAGAGAUGUUCUUAUCUUCCAUCGCAUUCAUAUAACUUCUAAGGAGUUUUAAUGAUUAGAUGCUUUCCCUCAUAAUGUUUAUAUUAAAAAAACGGAAGUGGGUAUGAUAUGCAAGCGAAUAUUCUUUAAAUCACCCAUAUCAGACAUUGAGAUGAUAAUUACUUAUACACUUCAUCACUAAACACGUCAUUACAUGUACAGCUGGUUUCUUUCUUGCUGCGAGAUCAUGUCUUAAACUGAACAUGCAGGACGCUACCUCCACUUCAUGCUCCUUGAAUUCAUCAAGGUGUUAAUAAGGGUGGCUGAGCUUUUAUCAUUAAGUUCAAUAAAAAGCUGAACUUUAUUCAGUCAAUUUAAUAUUAAAUAGAGGUUAGAGAAUGAAAUAUUGCCUUAUUUGCAAAGCCUCUCAUUGAGAAAUGAACAUAAUCUCGUUUUUAUCCCGUAUAUAUUUUUUGUAUAACGAAGCUGUCCAUAUCCAAAUUGUUUACAUUUAGUUUUAAUGGUUUGAAUUCAAAGGUUGUAAAAAUCAUUGCAAAGGUCAUUAGCGCUGUUUUAUCAAAUUCAUAAAAAUUGAAAUUGUUUAUUUCUUGUUUUUUGCUUGUCUCUUUUAAUCUACUUCUUGCGUAUAGAUAAUCGUGUUUAACUUGAAGUAGCGUAAGUUAAUUACCGUUCCAAUAAAGUAAAUCAUAUUUCCAGAUAUUUCUCAGGCGUUUUUUGACUUACUUCAAAUAUUUUACUAUAUCUUUUAUCAUAGUAUUUUACCAUUUCUUUUUUAUCUUAAUUUUUAUCAUCUUAAUGUAUGCAUGUGCUUACUGCUUUGGAGUACAAUAUUAUUGAUAAACGAGCGAACAAAUUGCGUGUAGAUUGCGUACUUGAGAGUUAGCAAAUCCUCAGUCCAAAUCUUUCUAAGCUUGUAUUCCUUGAAAGCUUCAAAGAAGCUGCACAUUGAUUUAUCUCAAUAUGAAAAAUGGUGAUUUUUUAAGGGUAAAUUUGGAAUUUGGAUACUUAUAUUGUAACCCUGUAAAUUUUUUUUAAAAAAUAACGAUGUUUUACUUAAAGGCAGUCUGUCCACUCAAUGAUUGGGUAAUAUGAACAAUAGCUUAUCCUGCCUUAACGGAUUACAUUGCUCGCUUUGGCUGGCCUAGCUGUGACAGUGGACGACAUUUUAAAUCGCGAGCAAAAAGGCUUUCGAAAGUGGUAAGAAGAUUCAAUUGCUGGAAUUAAAUGAUGAUAAUGGAAGCAUUUUUUUUCCCUGUUGACUUGUCUGUAGCAGAAAAAGAACAGGGAAUAAAAUUUUUCUAGCCACAGCUUCACUACAGCUAAGCCCAAUGCGGCGCAGGCUACACUACAACGGGAACAAAUCCAUUUGAUUCAAAUGAAAAAUGAAUUUAUCUCCCGUGAAAAAAAGGUGAGCACAUUAGGGGAUAGACUGCCGUUAACACAAUUUCUAAGAUUGCCAAGAUGAUAUUGCUAAGUCACUGAAUUGGUCACUUCAAAAUAUCUAAAAACUUCUUUUAAUAGAUUUACAAAUCCAAACUUUUCUUGGCAAAGAGACACAGUAAAAUUUGGGAAAAGAUUGAUCUUUCAACUAAUUCUAAUUAGAUUUGAUCUUAUUGUAAACCACAUACUAUAGUAUUAACCCACUAGUUAUUUACUUGAGUUGAUGAAUAUAAAAGUUACUCUAGCACACCCCGUACUUAUAUUAUUCUCAAAAUUAUUAUUAUGAACAAAUGAAAUUUUAUCAGAGAUAAUUUCAGGAAGGAUGUUGUAGAAUUUGAUUUCGCUAGGGGGUCUUAUUACAGCUAAUUUGUAUUAUUCUCAUUUGAGUGUCAAUUAUCAUGCUUCAGUUUGGUAUUUAAGUCCUCGUGUGCUUCUUAAUGCCAUUGGAAGUAACAGAGAAGAAGAAGUUCUGUAAUUUGGGCUUCUCCACAAAGUGUUAGCUUAUUUCGUAUGCUACUUCCACAAUGAUUUUUCCCCAGUCCCUUCCUCUCCUGUUGAUAUCAAGCGUAGUGUGUUUCUUUAUAUAUGUUCUGUAUCUGUUCUAUUGUUUUAGGGUAGGGUCUGUUCACAUCAUGGGAUUCAUUUCAGAUUUCUUGUUCUUUUUCGUUUAGGGAAGAUUUGGCUCUUAAUUCAGUCGCGCUUUUUCUUCCCUUCUCAUAUCUUAGAUAUUUAAGGUAGGACUGGUGCAUCGGCUCUAUGGUGGGGAGAAGUGAACUUUCCUUGUCCAUUCCCUGCCCAGAACUUUCAGCUGCUUGUACUUGAGUCUAUAAGGCUGCAUCCAAGGUUAGGGUUUUGUAUGGGUUAGGUGAAGCAACUUAAGCCGAUGCACCAACGGCCUAACGUUGCUUCCUGUGAUGAGGGAAUGUAGCCUCAAAACCUGAUUUGAUGAGGGAUGUGGCAAUGUCUUCUGAGGGAGUUUUCUUGUUGUAAUGUAUGAAAUGCAUUUGUUGAUGCUUUUUUUUCUCCGAGUAAGAAAUAAAUUUUACUAAACACACAUACUGUCUUGGGUCACAUGAAAAACAAAAAGAAAAACAAGAAGA